AUGGCCUCCGCCGACCAAGACCAGGAGUCACUGCAGAACCAGAACCACUACUUGUGUGGUUCUGUAGCAGCGUUCGCCAACAUUGUCAUCACAUUUCCCAUACACAAGGCACUGUUCCGGCAGCAGCUGUUCGGAGUGCAGGCGUGGGAAGCUGUGCGGCAGCUCCAGAGUGAUGGUUUGCACACACUGUACCGUGGCAUCCUGCCGCCAUUACUGCAGAAAAGCAGCACUAUUGCAAUUAUGUUUGGCCUCUAUGAGGACUUCUCCAGAUUGAUGCAACUACACGCUCCUCAAGCCCCCGUCCUGUUAACGGACAGUAUUGCAGCAGUUUUAGCGGGAACAGCUGAAGCAGUCUUAAUGCCAUUCGAGAGGGUCCAAACUCUACUGCAGGACCCACGUCAUCAUGGAAACUUUCAGAAUACUGCGCGUGUUUUGCUUCAACAACAUGGCAUCCGAGAGCUUUACCGUGGCCUUGUUCCGAUCCUACUCAGAAAUGGCCCUAGCAAUGCUUUUUUCUUUGGUUUGCGUGGACCAAUUAAGGAACUGCUCCCCGAGACAAAGGCAGGGCAGGGCAAGCCGGUUAGUGACUUUGUAUGCAGAGGGAUUCUGGGAGCGGGUCUCGGGGUGGUGUUUUACCCUCUAAAUGUAGUCAAGUCUCACGCACGGUUACAGAUUGGAGGGGAGUUUCAGUCCUGCAGGGUGAUCCUGGCAAACGUUUUGAGAGAGAGAGAGAAGGACGGGAAGGUGAGCCGUCUGUUUCAAGGUGUGCAUUUGAACUUCCAGAGCUCUAUUUUCUCAUGGGGAAUCAUAAAUGCUACAUAUGAGCUUUUACUGAAAAUGCUCUGA